UCUCUCUUAAUUCGUGUAGAGAUUGAAAGAGCUCGAAAAGCAACAGCAGCGAAAUAGAGAAAACCCUAGAAAGAAAGGGCGGCCAUUUCCCUUCUUCUUCUUCUCUCCAAGAAGGAAGAGAAAAAAAACCCAUUCCUCUCCCUCCCUCCCUCCCUCUCUCCAUCCUUCUGCUUCUUUUGUUUUGUUUUGUUUUUUCUUUUUCUUUUUCAGGGAAGGAACGAAGACGAGCGCGAGAUUUUUGGAGAUCUCUAUUGUUUGAUUCGCUACAACGGGUGUUUUUCUUGGGCUUUCUUUGUUUUUUUUCUCAUCUCUUUUCUUUUGAUGGGUGUUUUUCUGUUCUGGAAUUAGGGUUUUCUUUUUCCACCUCAAUCUCGGAAGCAAAUAAUAGCAAGGGCUGUGAAGACCAUUCCGUUUUGGGUUUUAGGCAAUUAGGAACAUGUCAUCGCAGUAUUCUGUGCUUGACAACCGACCAAUUGAUCAAUGGAAAGUUAUGGAGUUGAGGGAGGAGCUUCGGAAGCGGAAACUUGCAACGAAGGGUUUGAAGGAGGAGUUGGUGAAACGAUUGGAUGAAGCAGUACGCUAUGAGAGGGAAUCUGCUAAUGAAUUGGGUAAUGGUUUUGGUUCUGACUCUGAUCCCCCUGUCGAGCAAGAAGAUGUAGAGAUGAAGCCGAUUGACAGUCAAACGGCAGAAGAUGCUACAGAAACCACUGUGAAUGAAAGUGAGAAGGUGGAUGAUGAUGCUGCCAUGGUUGACAUUGAUGGUAGCACCGCUGGGACUGGUCAAACUAUCAAGGCACAAGAUGGGGAGUCUGAUCAGGGGAUCAUGGCACAAGAUGGGGAGUCUGAUCAGGGGAUCAUGGCACAAGAUGGGGAGUCUGAUCGAGGGGGCAACACCCAAGAUGAGGAAUCCAAUCAAGGAAUCGAUGCUCAAGAUGGGGAGUCUGGUCAAGGAAUCAAAGCUCAGGAUGGGGAGUCUGAUCAAGGGAUCAAGGCGAAUGAUGUGGAGUCCAAUCAAGGGGCUGAAGUUCAUGUUAGCGAGUCCGAUCAGGGGAUCAGAGCUCAAGAUGGAGAGUUAAUGGGCAGUGUUGAAACUGACGAGGUGGUCGUGGAAACAGCCGUUCCCACAGUUACCACAGAAAACAGUGUCACUGACAGCCAGAGUGUGCCAACUCAGUUAGAAUCCAGUGGGCAAGAGUCAAGGUGCGACGCAACUCAGGUAAAGAAUGAGGAUUCCAAGCCUCGUAUCGAAGGUGCCGAGUCCAACGUAUCCAAUCCGAAUAACCAGGUAUCUGAGGUCAGCCACGUUUUAGGGUUUCAAGUAAAGUCUGAAUCUAUUUCUACUGAUUCUGUGUCAAUUAAUGAAAAGAAUGAACUAAAGGAUAAUUUGAAUGCUGAUAAUUUCCAUUUAGAAAUAGAAGUUGUUAAGCCGGAGAUGGUGGAACCAUCAUCCAGUGAUGUUCCUACUAUUGGCGGCGAUAUACGUUCAUUGGAUGAUCAGGAGCCAGGUGAGAACCAUGGCUCUGUAGAAGAGGUCGAUGACACCAUUGCUGCAAAUGUGGACCUUAGCAAGAAAAAUGAUAGUGCAGAUGUGGGGUCCUCAGAAAAAUUAAAUUUAGACCGAAGUUCGGGCGAUGAUUCUCUGGAGGAGGAUGUGUUGGAUAGUAAGCAAAUUGAUUCCAACCACAAUUUCGACGAAGCCGUUGAUAGGAGUGAGACCACUGAAUUGCAUGCUGCAAAAGAGGAAAGUUGCAUUGAUGCUAUGGUGAUUGGGUCCUCUCCUGACAAGAGGGAUGGUCUUGCUGAAAAGAACAAUAUUGUGGAGAUGUCGUCUGAGAAAAGAAAGCUCGAAGCUGUCUUCACAGAUCAUGAAGCAGUCCAGAUCAAUGAGCCUGCUAAGCGGCAGCAUCGAUGGAAUCCGGAAACUGUGAAAGUUCCUGAGCCUCAAGCCACUAAUCUUACACCUUUGACCACACCUAGGGAUGCAUCUCAAUCUAUUCAAAAACGUGCAUUCACCAGGUCUGACUCGACCCUCAGUGGAGAUGCCCCAAAGGAACGUGUCGUUCCGCCAUCACCAAAAACCCCAACGACUUCCCUGAGGAUUGAUCGUUUUCUGCGUCCAUUUACUCUGAAGGCGGUGCAAGAGCUUCUGGCAAAAACAGGAAAUGUCUGCAGUUUCUGGAUGGACCACAUCAAGACCCACUGUUAUGUCACGUAUUCAUCAGUGGAUGAAGCGGUAGAGACUCGAAAUGCUUUGUACAAUCUGCAGUGGCCUCCAAAUGGAGGACGCCUUCUAACAGCUGAGUUUGUCGACCCCCAAGAGGUGAAGACGCGUGCCGAAGCUCCUCCGCAGUCUCCAGCGCCCAUCAGCCCCAGUCCAACUGCUGCACCUUCAGCCCCUCCUGUUCAACCUUCGCCCCGCCAACAUGCCCUCAGGCAGCAGCUACCGCCACCACCUCCCCUUCCACCACCCCCGCCGCUAUCUGAUCCACCCCCAGCAAGGGAACGCCUUCCCCUUCCGCCGCCGCCCCCGAAGAAGCCCGACCCGCCUAUUGUCACGCUCGAUGAUCUCUUCCGUAAAACGAAGGCCACCCCAAGGAUUUAUUACUUACCGUUGUCUGAAGAGCAGGUUGCGGCUAAACUUGCAAGCCAGGGCAAAAGCAGCAAGGAAUAGUAAUGGAACUGUUAUAGUUUGUCGUAGUGGGUUCUCGGAUUAAUCUGUUAAGGUUGCAAGCUAUUUAUAGUGGCAACGCUACUUCUAUUCAUCGCAUCAUUGCAGGUUCAGGGUUGGUGUAUCUUGAAGUGACCCGGGCGAGUUUGUGCGGAACGGAUCUGGAUCGUUGGUUGGUUUGGUUUGUCUGUACAGCCUUUUAGGGCAGUUGAGAUUGUGUAGCAUGUCCGGGGCACUGUUGACCUUUUGGCAGUAAAAGAAGUUGGGACGUUUUCUUUUUUCA